AAUAUUGUGAACAUGCGUCCCCCUUUGUCGCCCGAAGAACUUGGAAAAUAGCGAAAUGGCGUAGUAGUGUUUGAGAUGGACGACUAUUGUAAAUUCGUAGGGCAAUGACACUCGGUUUAAAAUAUCAAAACCAAAUACUACACAGACAGGGUCAGUUAGUGAAAAAUGGUGUGAUCACCAAUCCUUUUAUCUUAUCUUUAGGGCUAGUGUGGCAAACAAAGCUUAUCUGUCUAUUUUGGCGUGGAUCAGGAGGCAGCGGCGAUAUUCAGACAUCUUAAACAUGUCGGCUCUUUGGAUUAUUGCGUUAGUUUGUGCCAUGUCCAUGAGAGUGGAAUCCUCCUGUAUGUUGGCCCUCCCUGGCCCCGAUGGUGCCGGGUGUACCUAUAGAGGACAUCACAUUGCGGCGGGCGAUACCUACAGGGACAUGGACAGUUGCAUGUCGUGCAGCUGUGGUACAGAUAGCAGCAUGCAGUGCUGUGGUUUUGGUCACGCAGCUGGCGUGUUUUCCCUACCUGAUGGCUGUUUUAUGCUAAAAGAUGGAUGUGAUUUCAAAAUCGUAAGCUCCCAAAACCAUUUACAGCCUUGUCAAUUCUCCAUUGUCGGGUGAUUGUCGGGUGAUUUACAAAUUCACACAUGUUCAAAAUUAUUCAUUAAACUAUUUGUUUUAAUAUCAAA